GAAAGAGGGAGGGGGAGAGAAAGGCUGUCACUAUCCUUCCCUGCUCUAAUCCCCCAGUCCUGCCUCUGUGUGCUGAUGCUCUUUACAUUUACAGUGCACAAACUCCAGACUACAUUUUUAGGCAGAGAGUGAAUUUUAAAAUAGAUUUGUUGUGAAGUCGGGAGCUUCGGUUUGACUCGUUCAGAUGUAAGCGCUGAAGAUCAUCCAGGACUUCUGACGUACUACAAACAACGGCACAACUGAAUGCAAAAACCAAGACAGAAAAACUUAACACAAAGGUUUCAUCCUACCAGAAGGAGCUUCACUGCAAGCCAAAGUGACUGAAAGUCUGAUGCUACAUCCUUUAUUAGCUUAAUUGAAAAGGAGUAAAAGGAGCACAGCAACUAAUGAGUCUGACAGCAGUGUGAAAGGCUAAUUACUUUAUCCUGCUAGACUAAAAGCUCAGACUGCACUUUAAUCUCACUUUGUUUUUCAACUUUAACACCCUAAGAAGCACCACUGAAGCCAAACUAAGCCUUUUACUCUGUAAUAUAUAUUAGCUGUUAGUUACUAGUAAGCCAAGAUGGCCGACCCCUACCAGAACAACGUAUACCACCAAGGAGGCGGCGACAGCUAUGGGACGUAUGGGGAAGGCGGCGGCCAUGAUGGAUACGGAUACCAAGGAGACUACCCUCCUCAGGAAGAGGAUGCAGCGAGCGACGUGACCGAAGGACACGAUGAAGAGGAUCAGAUGUACGAAGGAGAAUAUCAGGGGAUUCCUCAUCCGGACGAGGUGAAGGCUGCACAGAGAGCCGCACGGGCUAAAUCUCGAACCACCGCCAGCGCUGCCUCAGAACUGGAGGAGCUCUCUCAGCAGUACGAGGACAUCAUGGAGGACUGUGGUCACGGCAAGUUCCAGUGGACGCUCUUCAUCGUGCUCGGCCUCGCUCUGAUGGCCGACGGCGUCGAGUGUUUCGUGGUCGCCUUCGUUUUGCCGUCUGCAGAGAAGGACCUGUGCCUGUCCAACGCUGAGAAAGGAAUGCUGGGUCUGGUGGUCUUCCUCAGCAUGAUGGUGGGGGCCUUCCUGUGGGGAGGUCUGGCGGACAAAGUGGGCCGUCGGCGCUGUCUGGUCGUGGCGUUGGAGAUAAACUGCAUCUUUGCCUUCCUGUCGUCGUUCGCUCAGGGCUACGGCUUCUUCCUGUUCUUCAGGCUGCUGUCUGGCAUCGGUAUCGGAGGCACGGUGCCGAUUGUGUACUCGUACUUCUCCGAGUUCCUUCAGAUGGACAAGCGAGGAGAACAUCUGUCCUGGUUGUGUAUGUUCUGGAUGAUCGGUGGCAUCUAUGCUUCGUUUACGGCCUGGGGAAUCAUCCCUAGAUACGGUUGGGGCUUCAGUAUGGGCACAGAGUUCCAGUUCCACAGCUGGAGGGUUUUCGUCCUGGUUGCUGCUCUUCCUGCGAUCGCUUCUCUGGUCGGACUCACAUUCAUGCCUGAGAGUCCUCGCUUCCUGCUGGAGAACGCCAAACACGACGAGGCCUGGAUGAUCCUGAAGCAGGUCCACGACACCAACUGGAGGGCCAAAGGGCAGCCGGAGAAAGUCUUCACCGUGACUCACAUCAAAGCACCGAAGACAGCCGAAGACGAGUUCAUCGAGAUUCAGAGCGCGACAGGAACGCCGGUCCAACGCUGGGCUGUUCGCUCUCUGACGCUCUGUAAACUGGUGUUGAGGAACGUGGCGUCCCUCCUGUCGGCUGAGCUGAGGUUCGCUACUCUCUUCAUGGCCAUCAUCUGGUUCUGCAUGGCCUUCAGUUAUUAUGGUCUGUCGGUUUGGUUCCCCGACAUGAUCAAACACCUGCAGUACGAAGAGUACGAGUCCAAGGUGAAGGUGUUCCACGGAGAACGAGUGGAGAACUUCCAUUUCAACUUCUCUUUGGAGAACCAGAUCCAUAAAGAAGGAAAAUACAUCCGGGACACGUUCGUCAGUAUAGAGAUGAAGUCAGUGAAGUUUGAGGACUCUCUGUUUGAAGACUGUCACUUUAAGGACAUCAAGUCCACAGACACAGUGUUUGAGAACUGCACCAUCCGAUCCACCAUCUUCGACGACACAGACCUGUGGAAGCAGAAGUUCAUCGAUUGUAGGAUGGACAACGUCACCUUUGAGCAUAACAAACGCGGCUGCCACCUGGACACCGUGGAGGAGAACGACGUGCUCAUCUACCUGGUCAGUUUCCUGGGCAGCCUGGCGGUGCUGCCGGGAAACAUCAUCUCAGCGCUCUUCAUGGAGAAGAUCGGCAGAGUGAAGAUCAUAGGCGGCUCCAUGCUCACCUCAGCCGGCUGCACCUUCUUCCUGUUCCUGAGCUUCAGCCAAUCAGCGAUCAUCGCCCUGCAGUGUCUGUUCUGUGGCGUUAGCGUGGCGGCGUGGAACGGCAUCGAGGUGGUGACGGUGGAGCUCUACCCCGCUUCAAAGAGGGCGACGGCCUUCGGCGUGCUCAACGCUCUCUGUAAACUGGCCGCCGUCCUCGGCAGCUCCAUCUUCGCCGGCUUCGUGGGCGUCACCAAGGCCGUCCCCAUCCUGCUGUCCUUCACCGCUCUGGUCUGCGGCGGUCUGGUGGCCCUCAAACUGCCCGACACGCGACAGAAGAUCCUGCAGUGAGGCGGCGGCGGGGUGAGGCGGGGUGAGUUCUGGGGGGAGGGAGGGAGGGAGGGUGAGGAAACAUUUCUGCUUCACGUUGGAAGCUGCUGAACCGACUCUGACUUCACUCUGCACUCCGAGGAGGAACCAGCUGUUAAUGUCCAACGCCGAGCUCCAGUCUUCAUUUUGUACAGGGGAAGAGGGGGGAGGACGGACCGGGGAGGACGGGGGGUUGGUGUUUACUGCAGCCAUGAAUCCACGGACACACUGGACCUACUAACCGUUUAAAGAAGCGACUGAGCACCGCUGCUGUUCCGGAGGCUUCCAUCUCACAUCUACCUGCUCCCUGUAGUUCUGUGACGACGUCCGACUCCGGCCACAUGUUUCCCGUCACCUCGUAGACUUUCCAGCUGUUUCCGUAAAUAACCGCCCGCUCUAGUGUUCCAGCAAUUAAGGGGCUCGAUCGAGGUUUAAAUCCACAGGAGUUCGUGGCAGUUUUACCUAAAAACGCAGUUAGCGGAGCGUCGUUUACGCCGUCGCACACAAGCUGAACUCAACGAUGACACAUCUGGACAGAUAAGGAGUUUAUUUAACCUCAAAUCCUGCAGCAGCUUCAGCUCCAGAAUAUUAACGGAUAAAGUUUGUGACUUUAGAGCGGACAUCGUGUUCCCUCGAUGAGUCUGCUUUUACUAGUCACAGUUUUAACCCCUCUAACUGCAGUAGAAGUACUUACAUGAGUAAAAAUAUCAUUAUCACACAGUAGAAAUACUCUGUUGAGGACUAAAGUAUUGUCAUCAAAUUAAGGGAACUAAAGUAAUAAUUAAUGCAUUAUAAUUAAUGAUGCUGUUUCCCUCUUAAAUGCUGCAGUAAAAAUGAUUAUAUUUACUACAGAAUAGUUCGUAAAUGUCCAAUAAAGUUUCAUUUGAAUCUAAUAGGGACUUAAAAACAAAAAUACGUCAGAGUUUAUUAGUUUGUUAUUUACCUGAACAUGCAGAGAAACUUUAGUUAUUGGAUCAAUGUAGUGGAGUAAAAAUGAUAACAUUUUUCUGUUUUGAAGUAGCUAAAAAUGGAAAUACUCCAAUAAAAUACCAUUCUUGGUUUCCAUCACUCUUCUUGUGAACUCUGAGUAUAAAUCAGCAGGUUUUGACUCUUUAAUGACGACAGAUUCUGCAUUAAUUCAUCAAUAAAUGUCAUUUAGUCUGUAGAAAAACUACACGUUGGAGUGUAAAGUUAUAAUCUUUGACUUGAACUUGAAGUAGGUAACUUUAACCAUCUGUGGAGGUCGACAGAGCGCCACCAUGUCGGAUAGAUAAUAAUAAAAGACAACAUUAAUGAGUGCAAUAAUCAAUCGAUACAUCUCCUAUAACUGAUCAAAAAGCAGCCAAAAAAGUCUCCAAAGUCAAAUUAAAGAGUUGGUAGGAUGGUUUUCUGAUCUCCUGUCUCGUGCACACGCCUGGUUUUGAGAUGAAUAAACGCCGCAGAUAGCCCUCUGGUUACCAUGGAAACUGUAGUGACUCCAGUCAGUUACAGAACUCGUAAACUGUCCUGAUAUCUGAGAAACUGUUUGUUAAAAGAAACAAAUUAAAAUCUUAAACUAUCAAAACAAAAGCAUCCAGACUGGCUAACCAGCUGACUGUAGUGGAUUUAAUGUGUUUAAUGUGCUUCAGCCGCCUUUAAAUCACAUAUUUAGAUGCUUUUAAUUCCAGAUCUGUUGUUUAAAUUUAUUCCAGAUGUUUGUGCAGCUGCUGUUGUGAAAUUCUGUGCGACGGUUUAGACGCUCAGCUCUCUGUUUAAUCUGCUCGUUACAAUCAACUGUUAGUCAACGAUGUACUUCUAAUUAUUGGGAAAAAACGGAGGAAACUGGAGUUAAAGUCGAACUGAAAUUAGAAUUCUCUUUUGGUUAGAAUCAGACUGUAAAUACUGUGUGUAGUUUUUGGUUUUUAAAAGAGGAUAAAGGCUUUUUCUGAACUUAAAAAUGUUAAUUUAUAAUAAUUUGUUCCUUUUUUCAGUGAGUGCUGAUUGUGUGACAUUAGCAGGGCUGCAACUAACAAGUAUUGUAUUAAUUCAUCUUAAUUCUCACAUUUAUUUUAGUCUUUAAACUUAAAAAACUAAACAUCACAGCUACACGCGUCUUUAAAUGUCUUCUUGAGCCCACAACCUAAAGAUAUUCAGCUUAAAAUGAAAAAAAAAAAUUCAGGAAAACUGUAUAAAUACAUGCUAAAAUCUGAGAAUACACGGUUUUAUUUUACUAUUUUUGCUCAUUGAUUGGUGGCUUAAAUCAGAUUUUAUGACUUCUUCAGCAUUAUGUAAAUAUUUACAAAAACAUCUUUAAAAACAGGUGUUUUUCCUGAUAUAAAUGUUGAUAAACGACAUUUUCAGGACGUUACAUUUUUAUUUUUGUUCAUGUUUAGUUGAAUAACUGUGAAAACAACUUAAAAAUAAUAUCUAGCUGCAGCUCUGCUUCUGUUCCAGAUUAAUUAGUGAUUAACUUUGUGCUUAACCCUCCUGUUGUCUUCAUUUACGGGCACCAAAAAAUAUUGUUUCCUUGUCUGAAAAAAAAUCAAAAAAUUCAGCAAAAAAAAUUUCUGAAAAUUUGCAAAACUUUCAGGAAGAAAAUUCCAAUUAUUCCUUAAAAGUUUUAUUUUCAAAAAAUCCCCUGAAUUUGACAAGAACAUUGAAAAAAUGAGUAAAAAUCUUCCAAAAAAAAUCCUAAAAAUAUCUAAAGUGAUUCCAUAUAUGUCAGAGAAACUUCUGAUAAUUUUUUAAAGAACAUUCACAUAAAAAUCAACCAAAAUCCAGUGAAAUUUGCUGGAUUUUGGUAGAUUUUUUUUGUGAAUGUUCUUAAAGAAAUAAUUUUAUUAUUUCUUUUUUCCACCAAAAAAUGUUCAAAAAUCUCCCGAAAAUGUCAAACGUGGACACCAGAAGUGUCGCUGUGGAAAUCUAUGUUGUUUUCCACAUUUUCAAACUUUAAACCGGCAGAACAACACGAGGGUUAAAAGUGGAUUUUAACUCCAGUUGGACUUUGACGACGUCGUUUAAAAGGCAGCAGAUGUUUGGGUUCUGACCUCGUUCACCUGAAGGCAUGAGAUCGUUUUUACCGUCGGACUAACAGAAGCUUCGGCCUGAAGCAGCUUCUCUGUGUGCGUUGAAGUUUGUCUCGUGUGUCGUCGUGUGUCCUGCAUGACUUCUGUCUCCUCGUCCAUCAGUGCAGAAAGACGACAUGCUAAACGUGUUCUUUUACUUUCCUGUUGGUUUUACUGGCUGUGAUCAUGUCGUCGUUUCCUGUUUAAUCGGCUUUAUUUCCCCUCUUAUUUUACCGCUCAGUUUAAUUAUUGUAUGGAGCCCCCUAGAGGUCACACUGGGAAUUUUCUUGAUUUCUAUUUUGAUUUCCUGCCAGUUUAGGGAACAUUGUUUGAUAUUUUACAUGAUUGAGGUUAUAGGUUCAUUCUGCUGCUGUGCUUCUUUGACAGACGUGUUUGUUUAUUUAGGAGUUCAGUCAUUUAGCAGCUUCAACUAGAGCUGAAUGAUUUUGGAAAAUAAUUGUGACAGCUCUGUGUAAUAAAUGAAAACUAGGGCUGGGCAUGUUAUCAGGGCAACUACUAUACAGACUGACACAUAAUUUUAUUUAUAAUGAGGAUCAGUCCUAAACAGCCCGUCUCCUAGAAAUCAUGCUUUCAAAUUAAAUUUUUGAGAGAAAAAAUCUGAUAUUGACAUUUGUGCAGCCUUUCAGAAGAAAUGCUUUCACUUUCUCUGACUCCUUGAGAAUUUCAAGAGAACGAUUCAAGGUCUCAUCCCUAAAAUACGUAUACUUGUAGUUGUCGUAGUUUCAUGUUAACAAGCCCAGCCCUGAUAAAAGCAUGCUGAUGGAGCGUUUUACUUGUGAUUUAACGCCGCAUUUUGGACUCAUUUCUGCUCAGCCAUCUCUAGUUUUCCCAAACUUCUAUGGCCUAAAAUAUAGAUAUUUAUAAAGAUAUUUUUAAAUUUUCAGCUUGAUAUUUAAAAUACUUUUAAAUGAUAAACAAAAGAAAUUACAAUCAAAGAUGGGAGCUGUCAUGAUGAGUGAAAAUAAAUGAAAAUAAUAAUGAUUCAGGUCUGUUUACUUUGCAGAGUUGAAGUCCUGACAGAAUCCUAAAAGUUUUAAUCAGCCUCCAUGUGUCGGUUAUUAUAAACCACUAAAAGAGGAAUUAAACCAGACAGGGCAGCGUGUGAUUGUAGAAAUGAAGACUGUAACGACAGAAUAAAUAAUAGACUUCAUAGUGAAUAAACAACAUUCAGUCCAUCAGCUGCUGGUUCAGAUUUUAGAUUCAAACAGUUUUUAUGUUGUUGAGUCUGAAUCUAUUAAAGACAUAAAUAAAAAAACAGGAGUUUGUCAGUUAGAAACACUCAUCAGCACUAUAAUAAACUGUUUUAAUGCUGCAAACCUAAAAUAUUUUAACAUGGCUUUGCGAGGUUUUAGUUGUUUAGCUGAAGUUAUUUUUAUUUAGAUUUCUGUUUGUUUUCCAGACAAAGGCUGCCCAGAUUCUGACAUUAUUGUAUUUUAUCUUUAAUAGUCCAAAACAUAUUCACAAACUUUAAAGAGCAAAAAUACUUUCUGUAGUUGGGUCGACUGGGAAUUUAGAAAAACUUUUAUCCUGCCUGCCAAAUGUUUGGACACAUCUUCUCAUUCAGUGUUUUUAUACUGAAGACUUCACAACACUGCAAAAGAACGCAUGGAAUUAUGGUGUAAACAAAGAAGUCUUCAUCUUCAGUACUAAUCUACUGUGUAGAAAUCCAUCCAUCCAUUCUCUAUACACCGCUUUAUCCUCACUAGGGUCAUGGGGGGUGCUGCAGCCUAUCCCAGCUGAAGGCAGGGGACACCCUGGACAGGUCACCAGUCUGUCACAGGGCUACAUAUACAGACAAACAAUCACACUCACAUUCACACCUACGAACAAUUUAGAGUUAUUAAUUAACCUCAGCAUGUUAUUGGACUGUGGGAGGAAGCCGGAGUACCCGGAGAAAACCCACGCAUGCACAGAGAGAACAUGCAAACUCCAUGUAGAAAGAUCCCAGGCCAGGAUUUGAACCGGAGAUCUACUUGCUGCAAGGCAAAAGUGUGAACCACUACUCCACUGUGCAGCCCUAUGUAGAAAAUAAUACAAAUAAAUAAAAAGCAUCAAAUGAGAAGGUGUGUCCAAACUGUUGACUGGUUGUGCAUCUCUGAAAGCAUUGAUAUAUCAAGUUAAAACAUUUUAAAUAUCUGUAGUUUAUGAUGAAUGAAGUUUUGGGCAAAUUAUAGAUGGUUGAGCAGAAAGACAAAGAUGAUUUGAGAUGAAAAAAACUGUAAAGCCUUGCUGUCAUCUGUGAAGAAACUAGUUAAAAAUGUGCAUUCCUAGUUGACUGACUGAGAGACGUUAAAACUGCUGCACUAAAUCCACCAUAAACAACCUCAUCUGUCACAGAAACAACAGAUUCAGACAACAAGCAGUCUGACUAGUGAUCAUAGAGUCACAGAUCAGCCUUUAAAAUGAAUCACAAGCAAUAAAUGCUUCAUGUGAACAGUCUCAGCAGUUCUCCUGAAAGUGUUGCCCUGAACUGGCACCAAAAAUAAAUCCUAAAAUCACCACUAUGAUGUGUGUACAUCUCUGUAUUAUUGCACCAUCUAGUGGAUUAAAUUCUAAACCACAGCUUCCUUCUGGGAUUUAACCCUCCAGUUGUCUUCACUUACAGGCACCAAAAAAAUAUUGUUUCUUUGUCUGAAAAAAAUCCAAAAAUUCCGCAAAAAAAAUUCCCCAAAUUUCCCUUAAAAGUUUUAACAAAAUCCCCAAAUUUGGCAAGAAAAUUCUUGUAAAUAUUUUUUUUAAAAUAAGUAUCUUCCCAAAAAAUCCUAAAAAUAACUAAAGUGAUUACAUUUAUAUCAGCAAAACUUUCUAUUUUCUUUAAGAACAUUCAGAAAAAAAUUAACCAAAAUCCAGCGAAUUUCGCUUUUUUUCUGAAUGUUCUUAAAGAAACAUUUUUAACAUUUCUUUUUUUUUCCACCAAGCAAUGUUCAAAAGUUUCCCAAAAAUGUUGAAAAUGUGGACAUCAGAAGUUUAACUGUAAAAUUUUAAAUUUUUUCCCACAUUUUCAAACUUUAAAACGGACGACACGAGGGUUAAAACAGAAAUCCUGCAAGUCUUAAUUACUACAGUGGAUCUUAUAAUACAGUUAGUCUGCAUUGUACAUAAAUAAAGUAUUAUUCUAUAAUAGCGAUGAAAGCAAAUUAAAAGAAGACUGUGACUUCAGCGCCCACAAGAGACACACAAACAUCAUUUGUGUGGGUAAUAUGAAUUCUAACGUCAGCAUUAAAGGGGAACUUCGUUUUUUUUCAACCUGGGGUCUGUUUCCAUAUAUAAUUUCAUACAUGUGAGUGAUGGAGAAAUGAAUUUUCGACAUAGCUCCAGUAUUUAGCCAGGCAGGCAGCUUAGCAGCUCAGCUAGCAGCUCAGCUAACGAAAAGUAUGGUGCAGCUGGCCCCCCCCCGCGUCAAAAUCCGCCCUAACGUGCUUUUUUUCCCCACACUGACCGGCUCAGAUAGUCUCAAUGAGUGUCCCACAACAUACUAGAGAUGAGAAGAGAACGAAAACCUCCACAUUACUUGGCGAUCGCUCUUUGUUGUGGUCUGUACUCAAAUCUCAGGACGCUAGAACAACAAGCGAUAAACUGAACAAAGAGCGAUCGCCAAGUAAUGUGGAGGUUUUCGUUCUCUUCUCAUCUCUAGUAUGUUGUGGGACACUCAUUGAGACUAUCUGAGCCGGUCAGUGUGGGGAAAAAGCACGUUAGGGCGGACUUUGACGCGGGGGGGUAAUUGCCCCAUACUUUUCGCUAGCUGAGCUGCUAGCUGAGCUGCUAAGCUGGCUGCCUGGCUGAAUACUGGAGCUAUGUGGAAAAUUCAUUUCUCCAUCACUCACAUGUAUGAAAUGACAUGAAAACAGACCCCAGGUUGAAAAAAACCGAAGUUCCCCUUUAAUGGUAGAGGAUGAACUUAAUUUGCAUUUCAGUCUGCAUUUGGACAGAAACUUUACUUAACUCUGCCCGAAAACCAAAAGAAACCUCCUAAAUCAAGUUGUUUUUGCCUAAUGAAGAACUUUUGUCCAGCUCUGCUCUGACAAUCAGUUAAUCAGAGAAACCCUUUUCAAAUAAGAUGUUUGAAAGUAAAUCAGUGAAACAAUCAGAGACUACUGAAUCGGUUCUUUCUGCCGCUGCUUUUCUUUUCUUUUCCCUUCUUUGUGGCUCGGCAGUAAAACGACUGUACGGACGGUGGAUUAGCCCUGAUGUUUUCCUUGUACUGUUUGAUGCUGCAGCUGGUUGUGUAAAUGACUGCAUGUUUGUCUAAUGUUUUCUCUCUCUUGGCUCUGUAUUUUCAGCAUAAUGUGUAAAGUUUGAAAUGGUCUGAGUCUGUUUUUAAUCAAUAAAAGAAAGAAACGGCA